AUGGGUGCCAAAACACAUGAAGACCAGACGCCUGGGGGAAAUGACGGCCCGCUCUCGUCCAGCCCCUCUUCAACCGGCGGCGAGCCCCGCGGCGCGCACCUCUCGCGCGAUGGCGACGGCAGCCUCGGGGAUGGCGGCGAUGAUGACGACGACGACGAUGAGGCGACCGCCGUAAUCGGCUCCACCGACAACGGCAAGAAGAAGCGAAAGCGAAAGCCUAAGAAGAAGAACAAGAAGAAGGCCGCUGCGACCGUCCAGUCGUCGCCGCCUCGCGUCCCGCUAAGCGAGCUGUUCACCGCGGGAGAGUAUCCGGCUGGCGAGUUCCUCAACUACGAGCAGGACUUCACCACGUCUCGCACGACGGCCGAGGAGCUGCGGUACCUUAACCGGUACCAUCUCGACGAUCCGACGCUGCUGAGCGAUUACCGCAAAGCCGCGGAAGUUCAUCGGCAAGUGCGGUACUGGGUCCAGGAUACCGUGAAGCCCGGACAAACGCUCACUGAGAUUGCGAACGGGAUUGAGGAUGGCGUCAGGGCUCUUCUCGGGAACCAGGCCAUCGAACCGGGAGAUGGGCUGAAGGCUGGAAUGGGAUUCCCGACCGGCCUUUCUGUCAACUCGUGCGUGGCGCAUUAUACGCCUAAUCCGGGCCAGCAGGACAUCGUCCUCAAGCAUGAGGAUGUGAUGAAAGUCGAUUACGGCGUCCAUGUCAGUGGUUGGAUCGUCGACAGCGCAUUCACGAUGUCCUUCGACCCCGUAUACGACGAUCUCCUAGCCGCCGUCAAAGACGCGACGAACACGGGUAUCAGAACCGCCGGCAUCGAUGUCCGCAUCUGCGACGUCUCCGCCGCGAUCCAAGAGACCAUGGAAUCCUACGAAGUCACCAUCGCCGGCAAGACCUACCCCAUCAAGCCCGUGCGCAACAUCUGCGCCCACGACAUCAAGCACUACCGCAUCCACGGCUCCAAACCGAUCCCCUUCAUCAAGAAUGACGACGAGACCAAGAUGGAGGAGGGCGAGAUCUUCGCCAUCGAGACCUUCGGCUCGACCGGCCGCGGCAAGACGUCCGACGACGUCGGCGUGUACGGGUAUGGGCUCCGCGACGACGCGCCGAAGCACGUCAACCUGCCCUUUGCGAGCGCGAACAAGCUGUACAAGGUCAUUCGCGAGCAGUUCGGCACACUGGUGUUCUGUCGGCGGUACCUGGAGAGGCUUGGCGUGGAGAGGUACUUGGCUGGGCUGAACUGCCUUGUCAAGGAGGGGAUCUUGGAGUCUUAUCCGCCGUUGGUGGAUAUCAAGGGGUCGUACUCUGCGCAGUUUGAGCACACGAUCCUGCUGAGGGAGGAGAGGAAGGAGGUCAUCAGUCGUGGAACUGAUUACUGA